AUGGCACCGGUGGAGGAUGAACAGGAGGUGAGCCAAGGUCAGCUCGACGCAGAAUUCUCAGUAUGGAAGAAGAACACGCCAUUUCUCUAUGAUCUCGUAAUUUCUCAUCCUCUCGAGUGGCCAUCUCUUACCGUCGAAUGGGUACCACUCGCAGCACCACUAUCUCACACAACCGAUUCGUCUUUCUCCAUUCACAAGCUGGUUCUUGGGACUCACACUUCGGAUGAUGUCCCCAACUAUCUUAUGAUUGCUGAUGCUGUGCUGCCCACUUCGAUCGCUGAAGCCAAAAUUGACACUAGUGGCAGUUCUGCGAAUUCUUUGGUUCCUAAGGUGGAAAUUACACAGAAGAUACGUGUUGACGGAGAGGUGAACAGGGCACGAUGUAUGCCUCAAAAUCCUGCAAUUGUUGGUGCAAAGACAAGUGGUUGUGAGGUUUAUGUGUUUGAUUCUACCAAACAGGCCGAGAGGAAACAAAGGGAUGGUUGUGAUCCGGAUUUAAGGUUAACUGGUCAUGAUAAAGAAGGGUAUGGAUUGUCGUGGAGUCCAUUUAAGCAGGGUUAUCUUGUGAGUGGUUCACAUGAUAAUAGAAUAUGUUUGUGGGAUGUGUCUGCCGUUGCUCAAGAAAAAGUGCUUGGUGCGCUGCAAGUUUAUGAGGCCCAUGAAAGCGUGGUUGAAGAUGUGUCAUGGCACUUGAAGAAUGAAAAUUUGUUUGGUUCUGUGGGGGAUGAUUGCCGAUUAAUGAUCUGGGACCUGCGCACAAAUCAAACCCAACAUUCUGUUAAAGCUCAUGAGAAAGAGAUUAACUAUCUAUCGUUCAAUCCAUACAAUGAAUGGAUUCUCGCCACAGCUUCUUCAGAUGCAACUGUUGGUCUGUUUGAUAUGCGGAAACUGACUGUACCGCUGCAUGUUUUAAGUAGUCACACAGAAGAAGUAUUUCAAGUAGAAUGGGAUCCUAAUCAUGAGACAGUGCUAGCAUCGUCUGCCGAUGACAGAAGGUUGAACGUUUGGGACCUGAACAGGAUUGGCGAGGAGCAAUUAGAGUUAGAUGCUGAUGACGGCCCACCAGAACUUCUUUUCUCGCAUGGAGGUCACAAGGCUAAGAUAUCAGAUUUUUCAUGGAAUAAAAAUGAAUCAUGGGUCAUCUCAAGCGUGGCUGAUGACAAUACCCUUCAAGUGUGGCAAAUGGCUGAAAGUAUUUAUCGUGAUGAAGAUGACUUAGCGGCUGCUGAUGAGCCACCUCUAGCUGAAACAUGA